CAGCAUAUAUCAUAAUGAGAAAAAAAUGCUUUUAAGAAGAUAUUUUCUACCAGUGAUGACCUAAGUAAGACUAAAGAUUGAUAACUUCACCUAAUACCAGAUUCUAUACUUUAGAUAAAGAGCUGAAUUUUUGGUUCAUUUGACACAGAGAUAGAUUUGCCGUGAAGUUAAUGGAGCUUAAAAGCUUCUGGGCACCUCCCUUGCACUGGCCACUUCCAUGGCCUUGGGGGAUCCUAGCAACACAUGCACAUAUGUUUUUGUAAAAUUUGCUAAAGUGAGAUCUUUCCACCACAUCAGUUAAGGUUGCUGUCUCCUAUUCUGCCUUCCUCUUUCUGUCACAAGCCCUGUGUUAACUUCCUCUUGCUGCUAUAACAAAUUACACAAACUUAGAGGCUUUAAACAUCACACAUUUAUCUGACAACGGUUCUGGAGUUCAGAAGGCAGAAAGUGGGUUUUACAGAGCUAAAAUCAAGGUGUCAACAGGCUGUAUUCCUUCUGGAGGCUCCCAGGGAGAAACUGUGCCUUGCCCUUUCCAGCUCCUCGGGCUGGAAUUCCUUGACUUGUGGUUCCUUCCAGCAAGGGCACCAAUGUGCCCUUGGAUUCCCUUGUCAUCCCCUUCUGCCUCCUUCUUUUUAUACUAGGAUCCUUGUGGUUUCAUUAGGGGACCCCUGUGGCCCCACCCAGAUAAUCAAGAUAAUCUCAUCUUGGGCUUCCCUGGUGGCCCAGUGGUUAAGAAUCCACCUGCCAAUGCAGGGGACACGGGUUCGAGCCCUGGUCCGGGAAGAUCCCACAUGCCGCAGAACAACUCAGCCUGUGGGCCACAACUACAGAACCUGCACUCUAGAGCCUGCGAGCCACAACUACUGAGCCCGCGUGCCACAACUACUGAAGCCUGCGUGCCUAGAGCCCAUGCUCUGCAACAAGAGAAGCCACUGCAAUGAGAAGCCCACACACAGCAACGAAACCCAAGGCAGCCAAAAAUAAAUAAAAUUAAAUUGAAAAAACCUUUAAUUAAAAAAAAAAAAGAUAAUCUCAUCUCAAGAUCCUAACUGCAAUCACAUCUGCAAAGUCCCUCUUGCCUGUAAGGUAACAUAACAGGCUCUGGGGAUUAGGACGUGGACAUCUUUAGAGGCCGUUAUUCUGCCCCCCGUAAGCCACUGUUUCAGUGUAAAGAACUGGCCAAGUCCAAGGCGGAAGUGGCCUGCAUUGCAAUGUAUGAAACAGACGUGUUUGUCGUUGGAACAGAGAAAGGACGUGCUUUUAUCAAUGCCAGAACGGAUUUGCAGAAGGAUUUUGCAAAAUACUGCAUUGCUGAAGGGCUGCAGGAGGUGAAACCCCCAGGCCCUGCCAGCGGGAUGCAGAUUGAUUCAGGAGAAACGGAAAUCCUCAGAAAAGCUGUCGAGGACUAUUUCUGCUUUUGUUACGGCAAAGCCUUGGGGACGACAGCGAUGGUGCCUGUUCCUUACGAGAAGAUGCUGACGGACCAGGCAGCCGUAGUGGUGCAGGGGCUCCCGGAAGGGGUCCCCUUUCAACACCCUGAGAACUAUGACCUUGCAACCCUGAAGUGGAUUUUGGAGAACAAAGCGGGGAUUUCAUUCCUUAUCAACAGACCCUUCCUGGGUCCCGUGAGUCAGCUAGGUGGGCCUGGGGUGGUAACAGAUGCUGAGAGAUCAGUGACAUCACCAAGUGAAAGCUGUGCCCCCAUCAAUGUGAAGACUGAACCCAUGGAAGAUUCUGGCAUUUCACCGAAAGCAACAGUUAUGUCAGUCAAGAAAGAAUCAGAAGAUCCUAAUUACUAUGAAUAUAGUAUGCAAGAGAGCCAUCAUUCUGCCAGCACUGAAGUAAUAGAAAUGGAAUUACCAGUGGAAGAUUCUACUCAGCUUGUCCCUUCAGAAAUGAGUGAGGACCCUGAAGCUGAGGUGAAAAUUGAAGGAAACACCAAUUCAUCCAAUAUUACAAAUUCUGCAGCAGGUGUUGAAGAUCUUAACAUCGUUCAGGUGACGAUUCCAGAUAAUGAGAAGGAAAGAUUAUCAAGCAUUGAAAAAAUAAAACAACUAAGAGAACAAGUCAAUGACCUCUUUAGCCGAAAAUUUGGUGAAGCAAUUGGAGUGGAUUUCCCUGUGAAAGUUCCCUACAGGAAGAUCACCUUCAACCCUGGCUGUGUGGUCAUCGACGGCAUGCCCCCGGGGGUGGUAUUCAAAGCCCCUGGCUACCUGGAAAUCAGCUCCAUGAGAAGGAUCUUGGAUGCCGCAGAAUUUAUCAAAUUCACAGUCAUCAGACCACUUCCCGGCCUUGAACUCAGCAAUGUGGGAAAAAGAAAGAUAGACCAAGAGGGCCGUGUAUUUCAAGAAAAGUGGGAGAGAGCGUAUUUCUUCGUGGAGGUGCAGAAUAUCCCUACGUGUUUAAUAUGCAAACAGAGCAUGUCUGUGUCCAAAGAAUACAACCUGAGACGCCAUUAUCAAACCAACCACAGCAAGCACUAUGACCAGUACACAGAGAAGAUGCGCGACGAGAAGCUCCAGGAGCUGAAGAAAGGGCUCAGAAAGUAUCUCUUAGGGUCAUCAGACAUCGUGUGUCCCGAGCAAAAACGAGUGUUUGCAAAUGUGAGUCCAAGGGAAAACUCUGCCGUCCAGCCCAUAGAAGACAUGGCUGGGAACUUAUGGGAGAAAUUACGUGAAAAAAUCAGAUCAUUUGUGGCCUAUUCUAUUGCCAUCGACGAGAUCACAGAUAUAAAUAACACCACCCAGUUGGCCAUAUUCAUCCGGGGCGUUGAUGAGAAUUUUGAUAUAUCAGAAGAACUUUUGGAUACGGUGCCCAUGACGGGGACAAAAUCUGGAAAUGAGAUCUUUUUGCGUGUUGAGAAAAGUCUUAAAAAGUUUAAUAUCGACUGGUCGAAAUUAGUAAGCGUGGCCUCAACUGGCACUCCUGCGAUGGUAGAUGCCAACGAUGGGCUGGUCACAAAACUCAAGUCCAAGGUGGCGACGGCUUGCAAGGGUUCAGAUCUGAAGUCCGUUUGUUGCAUUAUUCACCCGGAAUCGCUCUGUGCUCAAAAGUUAAAGAUGGACCACAUCAUGAGCGUGGUAGUAAAUGCCGUGAACUGGAUCUGCUCCCGUGGACUGAACCACAGCGAGUUCACGACUUUGCUCUAUGAGCUGGACAGCCAAUACGGCAGCCUUCUAUACUACACGGAGAUUAAGUGGCUCAGCCGCGGGCUGGUGCUGAAGAGGUUCUUUGAAUCGUUGGAAGAAAUUGACUCCUUCAUGUCUUCCAGAGGCAAGCCCCUGCCUCAGCUGAGCUCUCAAGAUUGGAUCAAAGACUUGGCCUUCUUGGUGGACAUGACUAUGCAUCUGAACACGUUGAAUAUCUCUCUCCAAGGGCAUUCCCAAAUCGUGACACAGAUGUACGACUUGAUUCGGGCGUUCUUGGCUAAACUGUGCCUCUGGGAGACUCAUUUGGCCAGGAAUAACCUGGCCCACUUUCCCACCCUGAAAUUGGUUUCCAGAAACGAAAGCGAUGGGCUGAACUACAUUCCCAAAAUCAUGGAGCUGAAGACGGAAUUCCAGAAAAGGCUGUCUGAUUUCAAACUCUACGAAAGUGAACUGACCCUGUUCAGCUCCCCUUUCUCCAUGAAGAUCGAGAGCGUCCAGGAAGCGCUCCAGAUGGAGGUGAUUGAUCUGCAGUGCAACACGGUCCUGAAAACCAAAUACGACAAGGUUGGAAUACCAGAAUUCUAUAAAUACCUCUGGAGCAGCUAUCCCAAGUACAAAACCCACUGUGCCAAGAUUCUCUCCAUGUUCGGGAGUACCUACAUUUGUGAACAGCUCUUUUCCAUUAUGAAACUGAGUAAAACUGAGUACUGCUCCCAGUUGAAGGACUCCCAGUGGGAUUCUGUACUCCACAUCGCGACGUGAUGAAACACACUCCCGCAGGAUCCCGUGGGCUGGAAGCCUAGAAUCCUCUAGGCCCGAGGGGUUGCAAGAUGAGAAAAUGAGUUAUUAAAUAUAUCUGUUUUUGCCCACUUUGACUCGGAAAUGUCAUUUGCAGUUAUCAUACUUGUUUGUAUGACAUUUUAUGUUUCCCCACAGCCCAGUAAAAAUCAAGAAAGUUUUAUUGUAUUUCUAGUAGUUGACUCUUCUUAUGCCUGGCCUGUUUCAUUC